ACGGUAUCGUAUGUGGAACAGAUCUCAGAUCAACCAAUGGAGACGCACAUCUCUAGUUCACUCCCUUGACAUAAUAACAAAUGAAGCGGCUCUUUUAUGUAAAUGUCUGUAUACUAUAUCGUUCGUGUGAUUUGACAUGUUUGUAAGUAACGUUCGUUUUAACGUGGGCAAAAUGUAGAAUGUAAUUUUUAGUAAGGCGGGAAGAAAUAACUAUUGCCUACCAGUCGGUCAGGUGACAGCGCGCGGGGCUCAAAGAAUUAGCUUGUAUUGCUAACAGAUAUGAUGCAGCAUUUUAUGUCUCGUGACACUGUAUGUGCACAAGACUGUAUACCGAAUCUGAAGAUUAUUCUAAAUUGAUGACAAAACUUAACAUGCAUCUACUCCAGUUGCAGGUAUACAUUUGUCUUUGAGCACAACCAUCUCUGAUCCAGUGAGAUGGGGAACCAGCUGGUUGGAAUUGCUCCAUCACAGAUUCUUUCAGUGGAUAGUUACUUCUCUGACAUCCAUGAUUAUGAAUAUGACAAAAGUCUUGGCAGUACGCGGUUUUUCAAAGUGGCCCGAGCGAAACACAAAGAAGGAUUGGUUGUGGUUAAGGUUUUUGCGAUCCAGGACCCCUCUCUGCCCCUGACCAGCUACAAACAAGAGCUGGAGGAGCUGAAAAUCAGACUGCACUCCUGUCAGAACUGUCUGCCUUUUCAAAAAGCCACUCUUACUGAGAAAGCAGCCAUACUAUUUCGGCAGUAUGUUCGGGAUAACUUGUAUGACCGCAUCAGCACGCGACCGUUCCUCAACAAUGUGGAGAAGAAGUGGAUCGCCUUCCAGCUCCUCAAUGCUGUGGACCAGGCCCAUAAAUCUGGAGUGCGUCAUGGUGACAUUAAAACAGAAAAUGUUAUGGUGACAAGCUGGAACUGGGUGCUUCUCACAGACUUUGCUAGUUUUAAACCUACAUACUUACCUGAAGACAACCCUGCAGAUUUCAACUACUUCUUCGACACGUCCAGGAGGAGAACAUGCUAUAUUGCACCAGAAAGAUUUGUGGAUGGCAGCAUGUUCGCCACAGAAAGUGACCAGACAACUCCGCUUGUGGAUCUCUCCAGCAAUAGCCAGAGGACCAGGGGAGAACUCAAGCAGCCCAUGGACAUCUUCUCAGCUGGUUGUGUGAUUGCAGAGUUGUUUACAGAGGGUGUCCCACUCUUUGACCUCUCACAAUUGCUGGCUUACCGUAAAGGGCAUUUCCAAACCGAACAAGUGCUGAUGAAAAUUGAAGAUCGCAGUAUUAGGGAACUGGUUGCACAAAUGGUGCAGCGAGAACCAGAAAAGCGUCUGACGGCCGAAGAAUAUCUAAAGCAGCAGCGAGGCAAAGCUUUUCCAGAAAUCUUUUAUACUUUCCUUCAGCCCUACAUGGCUCAGUUUGCCAAGGAGACGUUCCAGUCUGCUGACGAAAGGGUGUUGGUCAUUCGUAAGAACCUGGAGAACAUCCUUAAUAACUUGUGCAGUGGUGGGCAAACAGGGAAGACUGAAAAACAGGAGAAGGAAUCUCAGGAGCUUAGUUCUAAGGAGCAGGGGCUGGUGGUGCUGGUGUCAGUCAUCACAUCCUGUCUGCAGACACUGCGUUACUGCGACUCCAAGCUGGCAGCACUGGAGCUGAUUCUUCAUCUGGCAGGCCGGCUGAAUGUGGAGAUUGUGCUGGACAGGAUUACACCUUACUUACUGCACUUCUGCAAUGACUCAAUGCCGCGCGUCAGGGCUGAGGCUGUCCGCACACUGACUAAAGUGCUGGCACUGGUCAAGGAAGUUCCUCGCAAUGAUGUCAAUAUCUACCCAGAAUACAUUUUACCUGGGAUUGCCCACUUGGCCCAAGAUGAAGCCACAAUUGUCAGACUUGCUUAUGCAGAGAACAUAGCACACUUGGCAGAGACGGCGCUUCGUUUUCUGGAGCUGGUGCAGGAGAAUAAUUUGAGCUCUGAACAAGACCUCAAUGGAGAGGACACAGAAGAAACCCUUCCCCCCAAUGAAAACUACGAUUCAGAGCUACAGGCCUUGCAUGAGAUGGUUCAGCAGAAGGUGGUGACUUUACUGAGCGACCCCGAGAACAUUGUCAAACAGACGCUGAUGGAGAACGGCAUCACCCGCCUCUGCGUGUUCUUCGGCAGGCAGAAAGCCAAUGAUGUCCUUCUCUCCCACAUGAUCACCUUCCUCAACGACAAGAAUGACUGGCACCUCCGUGGAGCUUUCUUUGACAGCAUAGUAGGUGUAGCAGCAUAUGUGGGUUGGCAGAGUUCCUCCAUCCUAAAGCCUCUUCUGCAGCAAGGCCUGAGUGAUGCAGAGGAGUUUGUCAUUUAUAAAGCUCUCAAUGCUCUCACUUGCAUGUGUCAGCUGGGGCUACUGCAGAAACCUCACAUCUACGAGUUUGUCAGUGAUAUUGCUCCUUUCUUAUGCCACCCCAAUCUGUGGAUCCGCUAUGGAGCUGUGGGUUUCAUCACUGUUGUCGCUCAGCACCUCAACAUCGCUGACGUCUACUGCAAACUCAUGCCUCAUCUCAGCCCUUUCAUCACGCAGCCUAUUAUACAGAUUGAUAAGGAGAUUGUGUUGCUCAGCGUGCUGAAAGAACCCAUAAGUCGCUCCAUCUUUGAUUAUGCGCUGCGUUCAAAAGACAUCGGGAGCCUCUUCAGGCAUCUGUUACUCCGCCAAAAAAAGCGCAACGGCUCCAUCCCAGAAUGCCCCAUUCCUGAGGAUCCCGCAAUUGCCCAGCUGCUUAAGAAACUUCUUUCACAGGGGAUGACGGAGGCUGAAGAGGACAAGCUCCUAGCUCUGAAAGACUUCAUGCUCAAAUCCAACAAGGCCAAAGCCAACAUCAUAGACCAGAGCCACCUAAGUGAUGGAGCCCACAGUGGAGUCAUUGAUCUCGGUACAGUGGGCAUCACUGGCCGACAGGUGGACCUCAUCAAGCCCAAGCAGGAGUUUGAAGACAAGAGAGACGUCAUCCCUUCUGCCUCUGCUCGCAAACAUACGAAACAGGACUCCAACUUGAACGAAGAGUGGAAGAGCAUGUUUGGUUCUCUGGACCCUCCCAGCUCGGCCCAGACACCCUCAACGAUUCCUGAAAGUGGAGCCAUUCAGCCCAAGAAAACCACAGGAGUCCCUAUUAUUCAAGUGGUACAGUCUGUAACCGGCACGUCCACGUACCAGCGGCGCAUCACCACAUGCAAGGCAGAGCUACAGCAGCUGGUGCAGCAGAAAAGAGAACAAUGCAAUGCAGAGCGCAUGGCCAAACAGAUGAUGGAGAGUGCAGAGUGGGAGAGCAAGCCUCCACCCCCAGGGUGGCAUCCAAAAGGUCUUCUAGUGGCCCAUCUUCACGAGCACAAAUCUGCCGUGAAUCGAAUCCGAGUCUCUGACGAGCACUCCAUCUUUGCUACAUGCUCCAAUGAUGGAACUGUAAAGAUCUGGGACAGUCAGAAAAUGGAGGGCAAGACGACCACCACAAGGUCUGUGCUGACGUAUUCUCGGAUUGGAGGCCAUGUGAAAACACUGACUUUUUGUCAGGGGUCACAUUACCUUGCAGUUGCAUCAGAUAAUGGUUCCAUCCAGCUUCUUGCAGUGGAGGCAAACAAGCCGCCCAAAUCACCCAAAGUCCAGCCCUGUCAGACCAGGUUCCUGGAUCCCAAGGAUGAGGGCUGUGCGGUGGACGUACACCACUUCAACUCAGGGGCACAGACGGUUCUGGCCUAUGCCACUGUAAACGGCUUUUUGGUAGGUUGGGAUCUCCGCAGCAAUAGCAAUGCCUGGACCCUCCGCCAUGACCUGCGUCUGGGCCUCAUCACUUCCUUUGCUGUGGACAUGCAUCAGUGUUGGCUGUGUGUGGGCACAAGUAAUGGCACAAUGGCUUGCUGGGAUAUGCGUUUUCAGUUGCCAAUUUCUAGCCACUCCCACCCAGCCCGAGCGAGAAUCAGACGCCUGCAGAUGCAUCCCCUCUACCAGUCCUCUGUCAUUGCAGCUGUCCAAGGUAACAAUGAGGUGUCCAUGUGGGAUAUGGAGACUGGAGACAGGAAGUUCACCCUGUGGGCUAGCUCUGCACCUCCGCUUUCAGAGAUGCAGCCGUCUCCCCACAGUGUUCAUGGGAUAUACUGCAGCCCUGCUGAUGGCAAUCCUCUCCUACUUACAGCUGGAUCUGACAUGAGAAUCAGGUUUUGGGAUUUGGCCUACCCUGAGAGAUCAUACAUCGUCGCAGGCUGUGCAAACGACUCGCUUCACUGUCCUUCUGUGUUCUACAACCGCAAGAUCAUUGAAGGAACAGAAGUUGUACAGGAGAUCCACAGUAAGCAGAAAAGCGGAUCCACUGAGGACACCCCCCGCCGUGGCCCAGAAUCCCUUCCUGUGGGUCACCAUGACAUCAUUACUGAUAUUGCGACUUUCCAGACCACCCAAGGCUUUAUAGUCACCUCUUCUAGAGAUGGCAUUGUCAAAGUCUGGAAGUGAGAGAAACCAUGUGGGAAGAUGGGACACGUUUAAUUGACAUCUGAUCAAGUGCACUGUAAAUUUAAAUAUAAUGCCAAUUAAUAUAAUUAAACCAUUUAGGAUCAAAUCCACUUUAAAUAAAUUAAAUGUAACUAUAUAAAACCCCGAAAGCCAACAGAAAAGUUUGCUUUGUAUGUUUUUGAUUUUCUAUCAUAACACUGCAGAAAACAGGACAUGAUGGGCUUCACACAGUAGGUACACUUAUAGUGUUAUUUCUGCACAGCUAAACCCAUAUACAGUAUUGUUCAAAAUAAU